AUGUUUAUUAAAUGUGGUAAGGUUUGCCCUUUCGAGGAAAGUACCACAAUAGCAUCAGCCUGUUCACGCGUUUAUCGUAAAAAUUUUCUUCAAAAAAAUAAAAUUGGUAUUAUACCAACGGGCGGUUAUCGUUGGGGUCAAAAUCAAUCGCAUAAAGCUGUUUCUUGGUUGAUUUGGACAGAGUGCGAAUUGGGUCGUGUUAUAGCUCACGCUGGACAUGGUCGUGAGACACGAUUACCCGAAAGUGUUUUAAUUAACGGAUAUUAUGAAGAAAUCAAUAACGGCGUGACGAUUAAACAUGUUUUGCAAUUCCACGGUUGUUAUUGGCAUGGUUGUACCCGAUGCUACACUGUAAAUAGAAACCAAGGAAUCGGUUAUGAUACAAUGGAUGCCCGUUUAGAACGUAUUCAGUUUAUUACAGCAAAAAUUAUAGCCGCUGGAUAUGUUUUAACAGAAAUGUGGGAGUGCGAUUAUGAACGUAUUUUAAAAUCUAGAGAGGAUAUGCGUAUGUUUUUAAAAAAUUAUCCAGCUAUAUCUCAGCCUGCGUUAAAUCCCCGCGAUGCUUUUUACGGUGGUCGUACAGAGAACGUGAUGUCUCUUUACGAUGUAAAGGAUAAUGAGAAGAUACAUUAUGUCGAUGUAUGUUCUUUUUACCCAUACAUUUGUAAAACAGGUAUAUUUCCUGUAAGACAUCCGAAAAUAUAUGUCGGUGAAGAGUGUCACGAAUUAACGGGUCCAGGUGUCGAAAUUGAUAAAAUAGAAGGAUUCGUUUAUUGUUCAAUAUUAUCACCGCGUAUGCUUUAUCAUCCUGUAUUACCGGUGCGUAUGCAUGGUAAAUUAAUGUUUGCUUUAUGUCGUACAUGUUGCGAAAAUAUGUGUCAAACAGCGUGUACACACGAGAAUGUUGCCGAUCGCGAAUUCACCGGUACGUGGGUAGUACAAGAAAUACGCAAAGCUAUAAGUGUUGGUUAUAAGCUUGUAAAUAUUUAUGAAAUUUGGCAAUAUGAGGUAACGCAAUAUAAUCCCCAAUCUAAGGAGAGUGGUCACUUCACAGAAUACAUUAAUACUUUUUUAAAAAUUAAACAAGAAGCUAGCAGUUGGCCUUCCGAUUGCACCUAUGAAGAGUCAAAAAGACGAUACAUAAAGGAAUAUGAGCGAGCGGAGGGUAUUAAAUUAGAUCCUGAAAAAAUAUGUAUCAAUCCUGGUCUCCGAGCUUUUUCAAAUUAUGUUUGA